AUGGAAAACAUCUGGGACCAGGAACAGGACUCAGACAUAACAGUACAGGAAAGAUGGGAGCAUAUCAAAAAGUCAGUAAACGAAGUCUCCGAAGAGGUUUUGGGAUUCCAAAGAAACAAACGGAACAACAAACCUUGGUUCAACGAGGAUUGUCAUAGACUAAUUGAAAAUAGGUUAAAAGCUAAAAAAGCUAUGCUCACAAAUAAGAAUGAGAUCACCAAACAACAGUACAAAGAAACCAACAGAGAAGUUAACAAAUUACUACGGGCAGCAAAAAGAAAGUUUGUCAACGAGCAAACAGAGAAAGCAGAAAAAGAUAGUAACAAAAAUAACACAAGGGAUUUCUUUCGUUUUGUUAGAUUUUUCAAACAAGGAUACAAAGCAAAGACAGUAGGUGUGAAAGACAAUGAUGGAAACAUUAUCUGUAAUAAAGCAGAAGCACUAAAUAUUUGGAAAUGCUAUUUUGAAGACCUCUUAAAUGGAGAUAUGACAGCCAACAGAGAAGAAGAAGGACAGUUUCAAAAUGUACAACCAAUGAUAAACCCUCCUACUCUUGAAGAAGUAUGGAAUACAGUCAAGAACUUAAAAAACAAUAAAGCUCCGGGAGGAGACAACAUACCUGCAGAACUACUCAAAGCAGGGGGUCAGUCUAUAAUAGAAGAACUCCAUAAGUUAAUCUUAGACGUCUGGGAGAAAGAAGAGAUUCCAAUGGAAUGGAAAAUAGCAACAAUCGUCCCGAUACACAAAAAGGGAGAUACCCGACAUGUCUACUGGAGACCUGAAGAGUCAGUCUUGAGAACAGUGACCGAUGCUGUACCUGUAGGAAGAAGACCUUUAGGACGCCCAAGGCUGCGAUGGGGGGACCAAGUCCGGAGGGAUAUGAGAAGGAUGUCCGUUACAGAGGAGAUGAUGAAGGACCGAGAAAGAUGGCGCAAAGCUGUUGGAGAGGCCAAAAACCUGCUUAGGUUUGAGUGGCCAGCUAGGUAA